ACUCCAUGGAUCAAUGUUAUGCCAAAACCAUGGAAGAGAAAAAGCCAUAUAUUGCUAUGAUCAUAGUUCAAAUCAUAUUUGCAGGCAUGGCCGUAGUCUCCAAAGCUGCAUUCAAUGGAGGCAUGAACACAUUCGUCUUCACAUUCUAUAGACAAGCAAUCGCUACCCUUGUCUUAUUGCCUCUGGCUAUAAUAUUUGAAAGGAGAAGUUCCCCUCCAUUGCCGUUCAAAUUGAUGUUCAAGAUUUUCAUGGUUGCACUUUUCGGGUACACAAUCAACUUAAACAUGCACAAUAUCGCCAUCAAACUCACUUCAGCAACAGUGACUUCAGCAACAUCAAAUCUCAUUCCUAUUUUCACUUUUGUUCUGGCACUUUUAUUUCGGGUGGAAAUUAUCACGUUUAAGACUUGCUCAGGAAUUGUAAAGGCAAUUGGAGUAGUAAUUUGUUUAACGGGAGCUAUGGUUAUUGCAUUUUACAAGGGCCCUCAUUUGAACUCAUUCAUCCAUCAUCAUCCAAUUCUGCAUGGAAGUAGUCAGAAUGAUUCUAACAUUACUCACAAAAAAUGGAUAAUUGGUACUUUUCUCAUGGUGUUGGCUGCAUUUUGUUGGUCUUCAUGGCUAGUGUUAUUGGGAAUAAUAUUGAAGGAAUAUCCAUCAUGGAUUUGGUCCACUGUUCUUUUGAACCUCUUCAGUACAAUUCAAUGCUUUAUUGUUGCCAUUACAACCGAGAGGAAUUUGAACAAGUGGAAGCUACACUGGGAUGAAGAACUUCUUGGAGUAGUAUACGGUGGUGUGUUGGUGUCGGCACUUGUGUUAUACUUGCAAACUUGGUGCAUUCACAAAAGAGGCCCUGUUUUCGUGGCGAUGUUCUCCCCCUUGGCGCUUUUGAUCGCCGCUGCGGCCUCCUCCUUCCUCUUAGGAGAAGUCAUAAACCUUGGAAGUGUUCUAGGUGGAGCUUUCAUGGUUGUAGGCCUUUACUGUGUUCUAUGGGGGAAAAGUAGAGAAAGAAAGAACAUGAAUUCAAGUGUUGAGGAUGCAAAGGAUAGCAUCUCGAUCGAAAGUAGAGGUUGCAUAGUGAAGUAGGUGACUUUUUGUCAGCAUUUGUUAUGAAACAAGCCAAUAAGGUAACAUUCCUGUAUGUGGCGUCGUUAAAAAAUGAGGUAAAUUUAUGUGUCAUGCCUUCUCUAAUGUUUUCUGAGCCUUAUGACUUGUUGUUUGGAUUGGGGGUAAUGUGCAUAAAGGGGAUGUAGAGGACAAAAGGUUUAGGUUCUGUUCCCCCGCAAUUUGGAGCGUAACGGAGGGAAAGGUAAUGUAAGGUAACUCUUAGAGCAUCUCUAACCACAAAACUCAAAAUGGUGUAGUUUCUACACCAAGUUAGUGUAGUUUUUACACCAAAUCACUAUUCCAUCUCCAACCCAUUACACCAAA